AUGGAGCUUAAAAAACUUGCUGACUACCCCGCUGUGGACACAGCUAGUCCAACAUGGAUUCGAAAAAUGCGAACCAUCUUCCGUCGAUUUGAUUCUCAUGGUCGUGGAGUGGUUGGAAUUGAUGAAUUUCUCGACAUCGCCACAAGUGUUCUUUCAGAGUUCCCCAAGAGUGAUCAAUACUUUAGUGAUCUGCUGGUCCAAUCUAUGAUCCACCUGUGGUAUGGAAUAAUCUGUACUGAGGGUCCCGAACACACGAGAACCACUAUUACCAUGAAUGAGAAUAGCUUUGUUCAAGCUAUGGCUAAGUGCAUCAACGGGACUUUUAAGGCGGAGUUUACUGAGAAUUUGGUCACGCCGUUGUUUGGUAUGGCUGAUGGAGACAAGGAUGGCUUCAUGCAACAACAUGAGAUGGGACAAGUAAUUGUCGGUUUUGGUGGAAAUCAAAAGGAGGCCGAAUUGCUAUUCAGACUUCUUGAUCCAUCUGCAAAGAAGGGAGUAACCAAAGAACAAUUUGAGAGUGUUCUAGCUGAAUACUUCUUCGAUGUUGGAAUAAAGGGAAAGACCGCCAAGCUCUUUGGUGCUUUAAUUAAUUACAAGAGACCAGAAGACUAUCCAGAAUGUGAAUGUGGACCCGUCUGGGAGGGCAAAAUGCGAACCAUGUUCCGAAGAUUGGAUCUGCAUGGUGCCGGCAAGAUCCGAUGCCAUGAUUUCAUUCAAAUCGGUCGAGCUUUGGCCCAAAGAAAUCAUCUCCCCAAACACAAGGCUGAUAAUAUUCUUAGAGCCAUGCUGGAUAUUUGGGUGCAUUACUUUUCUGUUGACAAGGAAGGGUCUCACUUCACUGAGAUUAGUGAGAAAGACUUUAUUCACAAUCUUCGAUCGAUGAUUAAUGGAGAAUUCAGACAUGCAAUCGAUCGGUUCGGCUGGACUUUCUUUAAGGCUGUCGAAGUCGAGGGAACCGGUUUUAUAUCUCUAGCAGAAUAUCGAAAUCUUCAAGAAGCCUGGCAUGUAGGUCGUGCUGAGGCUGAGGGCAUGUUCAAGGUUCUGGAUACUGAUAAGGAUGGAAAGAUCAGCAGCGACGAAUACCUUUCAGCUUGGUGCGAUUAUUUCUUGGGUGAAGACCCCGCAAGUCCUUACAAGGCCUUCUUCGGUCCAGUUGUAUCGAAGCAUACACGUGAAUCAUUCGCCGAGUAG